AUGGGAGGUCAUAACGAUAGCAAGACAACUUCACCAAUGGAAGAGGAGGUUGAGUUACUGCGUAAGAUCGCAGCCAAGAAGCAAGCAGAGGGUUUGCGUAUCGUUUUCAUCGGACCACCAGGUUCCGGUAAGGGUACACAGGCACCAAUCAUCAAGGAUGAGUACUGCGUAUGUCACUUGUCCACCGGUGACAUCUUGCGUGCCGCCAUCGAAGCUGGUACCGAUGCCGGUAAGAAGGCUAAAGUCGUCAUGGAUCAAGGAGGUUUGGUUCCAGACGAUUUGGUCGUCGACAUGAUCAAAGAUAACUUAGAGAAACCAGCUUGUGCUAACGGUUUCAUUUUAGACGGUUUCCCAAGAACCGUUGUUCAAGCUGAAAAACUUGAUGCAAUGUUGGAACAAGACAAAAAGAAGAUCGAUCAUGUUUUGGAUUUCUCUAUUGAUGACUCACUGCUGGUACGUAGAAUCACCGGUAGAUUGGUUCAUCCAGCGAGUGGAAGAAGUUAUCACAAGGAAUUCUUCCCACCCAAGGAAGAGAUGAAGGACGACAUCACUGGAGAACCAUUGAUUCAACGUUCCGACGAUAACGAGGCAGUGUUGACAAAGAGACUCGCCACAUUCCACGCCAAUACCACACCAGUACUCUCUUACUACAAGAAACAAGGUAUUCUCUCAACAAUCGACGCAUCCAAAUCCGCAUCAUUCGUUUCCAAUCACAUCAAGGCUAUCUUUUAUGGUAGCUUGCACUUUCCCAUUAACUCGCCAUUCCUCAGAAAGCAAACCACCACAACCACCACCAGCAACCUUGCUCAUGCCACUGCUUCAAACUAA